AUGGCGACCCCAGCGAAGAAGCACGACUGGGCCGACGAUGAGGACGUCGACGAGGUCUCGACCGAGCUCCCGCCCACGCAGACCAUCACCAACAAGGACGGCACCAAGACGAUCAUCACGUUCCGCCUGAACGAACAGAACCAAAAGGUCAAGACAACGCGCCGCAUCCGCUACACGACGCACACGGAAAAGGUCAACCCCCGCGUCGCCGAGCGCAAGGGCUGGUCCAAGUUUGGCCUCAGCGCCAAGGACCCCGCCGGCCCGGCCUUUGACACGACGACGGUGGGCGAGAACAUCAUCUUCCGCCCCAGCACCAACUGGCGCAAGGACGCCAAGGAGGAAGCCAAGGACCCCAACGCCCAGGCCAUGAAGGACAAGCUCAAGGACAAGCAGGUCAAGUGCCGUAUCUGUAACGGAGAGCAUUUCACUGCCCGCUGUCCGUACAAGGACACCAUGGCCCCCGUCGGCGACUCGGCCGCUGCCGACGUCGCCGCCGGCAUGCCCGAUGAUGUCGGCGGUGCCGCUGCCGGUGGAGCUGGCGGUGUCAAGAAGGGGAGCUACGUCCCGCCCGCGCUGCGUGGCGGGCCCGGCGGUGCUGCCGGCGCUGGCGAGAGGAUGGGUGGCAAGUUUGGCGAGCGCGACGAUCUGGCCACGCUGCGCGUCACGAACGUUUCCGAAAUGGCCGAGGAGCAGGAGCUGCGCGACAUGUUCGAGCGCUUCGGCCGCGUCACGCGCGUCUUCCUGGCCAAGGACCGGGAGACGGGUAUGGCCAAGGGUUUCGCCUUCAUCAGCUUCGUCGACAGGUCCGACGCCGUCAAGGCUUGUGCCAAGAUGGAUGGUUUCGGUUUCAAGCACUUGAUCCUGAGGGUCGAGUUUGCCAAGAAGGCGACGUAA